AUGGACAACCCAACUCUUCUAAAGAGACAACCAUUCGCCAAAGAAGACAAAGGAACUUUGGUUGAAAAUUCGCCUUCUGUUGACGAAGUAGCCGUUAACACUCCUAUUCCUAACACUCCAAUUCCCAACACUCCAAGGAAACACCCUAAUACCACUCAGAGUCCCGCAAAUACUGAAACCAAGGGUCACCAACAGCAACAAAGACAGCAAUCAGGCGACAAACCUAAAUACAUAAAAGAAACAGGAUUCAAUUAUCGUGAAUACCUAAAUUACGCCACUCAAACGAUGAAAUCCAAUAGAGCACGGAACUUUCUUCUUCUUUUCUCUACUAUUAUGAUUAUUGCUUUGCUUGCUGCUACUUACGCGCAUCGACGUAGUUCUCAUGAUCCUACUAAUCCGGAUACUUGGACAACCAGCGAACUCAAAGAAUGGCUCGCGGAACAUCGUACUCGAUACUACGGGAUCCCUGAAAAACACGAAUUAGUUGAGUUGGUGAAAUCAAAUUGGCCCGGCAAUAAAAACGAGCAAAAGUCAGCUGCAGAGAUAGCUAAAGAUUUUGUCAAAGAAUACGUGGCAUAUCUUGGAGAUCGUUACGCUGAAGCUGAAGAAGUGACCUCGGAUAAACUCGAUGACUUUACUCGAGACAUUGCCAAUUCAAUCGAAUUUCUACGUCAGUCGACUGGUCUCACCGAAGAACAAGUCUAUUCUGCGUUUGAUCAAAUAAAAUCACAAAUUUCUUACACAUCAUCAAAAACUAACGAGAAUAUCCUGUAUGCACUUGACCAAGUACAAAAAUCAUAUUACAACGCCAAAGAUCAACGUGAUCGACUCGUCGACGAGGCAACCAAACGAAUUCAAAAAGACUAUCAAAAGUCAAAACACAUAUCCAAAAACACAGUCAACUGGUUCCGCGAUGAAAUUCAACAAAUGGUUAAUGGCACUGGUUUUGCUGCAGCAAGAACCGAAACUCAAGUUGCGCUCAUUCUUCAAGCUCUUCAAGAAGGAUUGAUCAACAAAAAGAUCGCAACCCAAGAACAAGUAAAAAGCAUCUACGCACAGCUAAACUCUGCGGUGCAAGACUAUUAUAAAGAUGCCGAGGGAACUCUUUCAAGAGUACGCAAUGAAAUCCAAUACGCGCUCAAUCAAUUCAGUCGAAAAAUAGGGGAAGGCAAAAACGUGACAGUGGACCAAUUCAACGAAAUUGUUCAAACGAUCAAUCGAUAUUUGUUCCAUCCUGUCAAAGGAGCAUACGACUCUUCUACCAACCAAGUUAAAGAGACAUCUCAGCACAUACGAGACGUUAGUAACGAACAAAUAAACAACAUUGCAGAAACCGUUCGACAAGCAUUCACUCCUCGUCGCGACACACCCAAAGAACAACUUGCGCGUCUCAUUGAAAAUCUUGAACAACAACUUAUUGUUAACCAACAAAUUAAUGGCCGACAACUGCAAAUCCUUCGACAAAUCAUUCGAAAUCAAUUCGAGAAUGUUAAAGAUUUGAGCGAAAUCACUGAAGAUAAGGUUAAUGCAUUUAUUGCAGAACUUUCUAAUCAACUUUCUGAGACUGGUGAAUCCGCCAAAGAUAGUGUUGGGGCUGCUACUGAGAAAGUGAAGCAUAAAGUUUAUUCUCUAAAGGAUGAAUUCUAA